AUGCAUAAGGACGCUUUUGCAUUGGAUUGUAGACCUUCUCUGCUUACUCAUUUGAGAAUUUUGAGUUUUGGUGAGAAGAUAUGGGAUUUAUGGAACGAGGAAUAAUGUGGAACAAACUGUUAACAUGGCAGUCGUUUUUGUGGUGGCAUCAUUUCUUUGUAUUGUGGAGUACAAUAGAUGGACAGACUCGCUACAGCAUCCCGGAGGAAGUGAAACAGGGCACUGUGGUAGGAAAUCUUGCCAAAGAUUUGGGUUUGGUUGUAUCUGAACUGUAUCGACGUAAAUUGCGGAUAACCUCUGAAGCUGGUAAGCAGUAUUUUAAUAUUGACUUGGGGAAGGGAGAACUGGUGGUGAUUGAUAGGAUAGACAGGGAGGAACUGUGUGGACAAAGACCGUCAUGUCUGCUGCCUUUGGAACUAGUUAUAGAUAACCCCCUGCAGCUGCAUAGAGUCGAAAUUGAAAUACAGGAUACUAACGAUAAUUCACCCAGUUUUCUUACUAAAGAAAAAGUGCUGCAAAUUGCCGAGCUGGUAAAUCCGGGGGCGCGAUUUCCUUUAGAAAGUGCCCAGGACCCAGAUGUCGGCUCAAAUUCAGUUCGCUCUUAUCUCAUAAGCAAAAAUGACAAUUUUAAAUUGACAAUUAAAAACCACAAGGACGGAAGAAAAAUUCCUGAACUAGUUCUGGAAAAACCUCUUGAUCGAGAGAAGCUGUCUUUACAUAAUCUGAUCCUCACCGCUGUAGAUGGCGGAGAUCCUGUGCGCUCAGGGACAUCAGAAAUAACAGUAAUAGUACUUGACAACAAUGAUAAUGCACCACAGUUUGAAAAACAGGUGUAUGAAGCUAAUGUCAGUGAGAAGGCUGCAGCUGGGACUCAAAUACUGCAAGUUAAAGCCACAGAUGCAGACGAGGGACUUAAUGGAGAAAUUGAAUAUUUUUUUGCAGAGCAAACUGCGGAUCUAAUUUUGUCAUUAUUUGAUAUUCAACCUUCUACCGGAGUUAUAACUGUUAAAGGAAAUUUAGAUCAUGAAACAAACCCUGUGCACCGAUUUGACAUAACUGCUAAAGACAAAGGGAAUCCUAAAAUGGAUGGACAUUGUAGCAUCGAAAUUAAAAUAGUGGACAUUAAUGACAAUAUUCCUGAAAUAAUAGUGACGUCGUUAACGACACCUGUUCCUGAAGAUUCCCCGAUCGGAACAGUUAUUGCGUUAAUAAGUGCAAAAGACCCAGACUCAGGUGACAACGGCAAAGUUAGGUUAACCGUUUCUACCAAAUAUCCUUUCAAGUUAAAUCCCUCGGUCUCUAACCAUUACUCAUUUGUAACGAGUGGGCCACUCGACCGUGAGAAAAAUGACCAAUAUAGUGUCAAGAUCACUGCGACAGAUUCUGGAAAACCCCCCUUAUCGAGUGAAAAAAUUAUACUCGUUCAAUUAUUGGAUGUAAAUGACAAUCCACCAGUUUUCUCCCAGCCUUCUUAUGUCGUUUAUGUAAAAGAAAACUAUCCUCCUGGGAAGAUCGUGUGCUCUGUGUCAGCCUCUGACCUGGAUUUUGGUGAGAACGCUAAAAUCUCUUACUCUAUACUGGACUCUAAAGUGCAGGACGUUUCUGUCUCCUCGUAUGUUUACAUUAACUCAGAUAACGGCAGCAUUUACAGCAUGCACUCGUUUGACUAUGAGAAACUGAAGGUGUUUCAGAUUCAGGUUCAGGCAAAGGAUCAGGGCUCUCCGUCUCUCAGCAGCAACGCCACCGUUCAUGUUUUUAUCCUCGACCAGAACGACAACGCCCCCUCUGUUAUUUACCCCUCCUCCGCUGUCCUGGGCUCCCUCUCUCACCAGAGGAUGCCCCGCUCCGCUAAAGCGGGUCACCUGGUCACUAAGGUGACGGCCGUGGACGCGGACUCGGGCCAUAACGCCUGGAUCUCCUACAAAGUGGCGGAGGCCACAGACGCCUCCCUGUUCACUGUCAAUCUGUACACAGGGGAGGUGAGGACUAAACGCGCUGUGUCCGAGCAGGACGACUCCUCUCAGAGGCUGCUUAUAGAGAUCAAGGACGACGGGGACCCGGUCCAGUCCUCCACCGUCACGGUGUCCAUCCAGCUGGAGGACGGUCUCCAUGAGCCCAUCUUAGACCUCCGACAGAAAGUGACCGAGCCCAGCAAGAAAACUGGGAGAAUCACCCUGUAUUUGAUUCUCUCUCUGGCCUCGGUGUCCGUGCUGUCUGUGGUGACUUUUCUCAUCUUAGCGGUUAAAUGCAUCCGGAGCAGCAGAAGCAGCGGUAGUUGCUGCAUGAGACAGGGGGACUAUGAUGGUUACAAGAACCCCAACAGAAACCUGCAGAUUCAGCUGAACACUGAUGGACCCAUAAAGUACGUGGAGGUCCUGGGAGGAGACAUGUUGUCUCAGAGUCAGUCCUUCCGGUCCUGCAUGUCUCCAAUGUCUCCAAUGUCUGAGUACAGUGACUUCACUAUGAUUAAGCCCAGCAGCACCACUGACUUUAAGGAGGUGAUCAGUGUCCUGGAUGCGUCUUUACCCGACAGCACCUGGACCUUUGAGAGCCAGCAGGUGAGCAGAAAACAGCCAUUUAUCUCUGUAAUAACAAAAUAA